AUGUUCCUCAAGCUCCUCGGCGCGCUCGCGUCGCUCAUCUACAGCGUCGACGUGCUCUCCAACUUUGGAAAAAAGACGAACGCGCCCGCGCGGCUGCGCAACGCCUGGCGCGCCGCGCGCUGCGAGGGCCGCCACCCCUGCGCGGCGCUCCGGUCCGGCUACGACGCGCUCGUCGCGGAGCCCGACUGGAUCCGCGACGGCGGGCUGCUCGCUCGCGUCGGCGCGCCCGCCGCGGGCGCGGCGUCGCUGGCCUGCGCCGCCGCGGCGCUCGCGAGCCGCCGCGAGGGCUACCUCGCGCUGCUCGCCGAGGAGUCCGGGCCCGACGUCGCCGACGCGGCCCUCGCGCGCCGCGCCGCGCGCGAGGUCGUGCGAGACGGUUCGGCGCCCGUCAGGGUGCGCGCGGCGGACCGCGCGACGUGGCGCGAGGCGCGCCGGAGCGCGCGGCGCGAGGGCCUGCCGGUCCUCGACGUCCACGCGCCGCUCUACGCGGGCCGCGGCCGCCGCGUGCUCCUCAUCGGGCCCGCGCGCCGCGCGACGCUGCCGGGCGCCGUCGGCAAGCGCGUCGGCCACGCGAGACACGGCGCGCCGCGGUGA